GUGCAGUGUGCACAUUUGACAUUUCCUAAAGAUUUAGCCAUAUCAGUGAAAUGCGACGAAACACGUGCCAUUUGUAGAAAUCUGCUCCUUCGAUUGCAUUGGGGAAGAAAAGAUAGAGAUGAGCACGAGCGGCAGAGACGAAGAAGAGAAGGGCCUGCUAUGGAAGCUACCGGCAGUUAAGUCUAGGCAGUUGGGAAAGAUGGGGCCUGCUUUUGGUGUGGGCGCGGGCUGCGGCUUCGGUUUCGCCGUAGGACUCAUUGGAGGUACUGGCUUUGGUCCUGGAGUGCCGGGUUUGCAGUUCGGCUUUGGAUUUGGAGUUGGUUGUGGGGUUGGUUUGGGUUUUGGGUACGGUGUGGGGAGAGGGAUUGCAUAUGAUGGCAGUUACAAAUAUUCUAACGUUGGCAAAUUCUUAAACAAGCGUGGGGAUGUUCCGCUGCAGAAUGAAAUUGGUGAUCUUGUUGAUGAGCUUGUUGUGAAUACGAAAAAGCUAAUACAAGCAACUUCACGGGAGGUGGACAAGUGGAGGAGGUAUUGAGGGCAGCAAGUGGUGGCUAUGGGAUUGAUUGACAAUCGGUUGUGAACUUUACGUUGCUUGGUUCGUGUGGUUGUGGUCACUGCACAUGAUGUAUAUGUAGAGCGGAGCUGCAUAAAAUUGCACAUGAUGUAUGGCAACUUUACCAUGGUUGCUUGUUUAUUUCUACUAGUACGUAGACCGUGCGAUGCACGGGAUAGAAGUAUUAAAUGGGUCAUUUUCACAUAGCUUGUUCGUCAAGUAGCUCGUGCGAUUCACGUGAAAUAUUAAAUGAGUGGACCAUAAGGGUUGUCCGUUCAAGCCUAAAAAAUAAUAGAGUUUGAUCAUCUAUCUUUUUACAUCUUUUCAUCAACGUCAUUUUUUUGUCGAAACAUUAAACUCGAGUCUGGUAGCGCUAGCCCGUAAAUUAAUUAAUAUAUUAUCUCGCUCACAUGUUUAUAAUUAUAAUAAUAUAAAUUUGAUUUCAUUAUAUAUAUUUAUUC